AUGGCUAGCAAACAAUUACGUAUUCUUGUACCUGUCAAACGGGUUGUUGACUACCAAAUCAGGCCAAGGGUUAACAAAGCUGGAAAUGCAAUUGAAACCAAUGGUGUGAAAUUUAGUAUCAACCCGUUUGACGAUAUUGCAGUUGAGGAGGCUGUCAGGAUCAAGGAAAAAAAUAAAUCUCUGGUUGAAAAUAUCCAUGCAGUUUCUAUUGGUCCUGCCAAAGCACAAGAUAUCUUGAGGAACUGUCUCGCAAAAGGAGCAGAUACAUCGACUUUAAUCGAUAGUAAGGAUGUUCAACUGGAACCACUGGCUGUCGCUAAAGUACUCAAGGAAAUAGUCGAUAAGCAAAAGACAAAUUUAAUCAUUAUGGGUAAACAAGCAAUUGAUGAUGAUUGCAACAACACCGGGCAAAUGCUGGCAGGCCUAUUGAACUGGCCACAAGCUACAAAUGCAGCUAAGGUAGAGUUUGUUGAUUCUGACACAGUCAAGGUUACCCGUGAAAUCGACGGCGGUGAGGAAACCAUUAGCGGCACUUUGCCCAUGGUCAUUACAACGGAUUUACGUUUAAAUACUCCGCGCUACGUCGGUUUGCAAAACUUGAUGAAAGCAAAGAAAAAACCUAUGGAGAAGCUAAGUUUGAAAGAUUUCAGUAAUGUAGACGUGCAGCCAAGAUUGAAAGUCAUCUCUAUGGAAGAACCAAAACCAAGAGCACCCGGAGUCGCCGUCAAGUCUGUUGAUGAACUAAUCGAAAAACUGAAAGAUGUCAAAGCAAUCUAA